AGUAGUGAUUAAAACUUUGAUGGAGGAACAUCAUUUUAACGGACCUAAGUUCUGGCCUUUUUGACCAACUACUCAUACAUACAACGGCUAAAAAGAGCAAAUAAAAGAUUUACGUCAAUUUACGGGCUAUAUUAAACCUUUGUGGUUCAACAUGUUCUUUGGACUCAAAGUGUAUAUUUCGAUCCUGCUCCAGUCCUUUCUUCUGGCACAUUCGUGUAGACAUGAUCUCUAUCCAGCACCAUGUAAAUCGAAUGAGAAAUGUGUAAGUCUUGGUAUGUGUUCCGAUUUAUAUAACUUUUAUAGAACCAAUGGAAAUUUGCACAAUGUGAUCAAAACGCUAAAUAGAAAGAGCUGUGGCAUCGAUAGAGGACAUACUUCCUUAGAUAAGAACAUAGAAGUCUGCUGCCCGAAAACACGUAAUCACCACCCAAUAUAUCCAGCUGAAUGUUCAGAUUGUAAAUGGGACGAGAAGUGCGUCACACAAGAUGAGUGCCACAGUAUUCACAACAUUCACGAAUCCCUUAAGCAGAAUGAAAUAUAUUGGCCCAACAAUCGGAAUUUUGGUUUCGUCUGCUGCCCACAGCCUGGUGACAAGCUGCCAAAUAGGGAGUUUUGCGGACAAAGAAAAGCAAAUUUGAGAAUCUUGAAUGGCAUAGAUACGGAGCCUAAUGAGUUCCCCUGGAUGACAUUGUUGAUGUACCAGAAUUCCACAAACCUUGUCCACUUAUGUGGGGGCUCCCUGAUCAACAACCGCUACGUCCUGACCGCGGCUCAUUGUGUAGACAAAAACGAUUUGCCAUUUAACUUUUUGCUGAGGAGUGUGCGGCUUGGCGAGCAUAACACCUCCACCAAUCCGGACUGCAUCAUACAACCGAAUGGAAAAAUAAUAUGCGCUCCUCUGCAUCUGGAGGUCGACGUGGAGAACAUCUUUGUGCACCCCACAUACAGGGGGUGGAGAAACGGAAACGACAUUGCCUUGCUGCGACUGGAAGUGCCAGUACGCUAUACUCUUCAAAUACAACCCAUUUGUGUUCCACCAAACUUUUUCAACUUGAAAAACUUGAAUCUGACAAUUGCCGGCUGGGGCCAUACGAAUAACGAAAAGGAUCAACAAGUGAAGUGUUGAUGUACAACACCAUUAGGACCAGCAAUAUAGAAAAAUGCAUGACCAAAGAAACCAAGUUUAAUUACAGAUCGCAAAUUUGUGCAGGGGGCCAGAAUGGAAGGGACACAUGCCAGGGCGAUUCUGGUG